UCUUUAUCCACCCAUCUCUUCAUCUUCAGAGAACAAAAGUCUAUCAAUGUUGAAAUCUCGAUAGAUGUUCCCAAAAAUUAUUUCUCAGACGGACGAUUGAUGUUUACUCUAACGGUGAACUGAACAGACAAGUGAAUGGAGUCAGAAUGGGCUUGCCACUGCGUCUCAUACUUGCGAACUUUUUCCUACGGAAACUAGAGAAUGGUUUACUUGAGUGAUCUACUAGAGGAUUUUCAUUUUAAUGUCGACAUAUAGACAAUACAUUCAUCCUAUGCAAAAACAACACAGACGGGUCAAAGCUAAUUAGCAGCGAUGGCGUUUACAUGUGAAGAAGAGUCACAAGGCAAGAUAGCUUUUCUCGAACAAAGCCACUGAUGGUAGAAAGUCGUGAAGAGAGUGGAAGCUAGGGAGCAAGAAGGAGUGAGACAAUCCUGGAAUUCACUAUGACUGUUAGGAUGGAGAUAAUGUGUGCAUACAUGUGAACCAUUGAAAUCUCUUCUAAGAAGUGAUUUCAGCAGAAUUAUACUGUUACUCUUGUACAAGUGCUCAGUCAGGUUGUGGUGAUCCCAUCGAUGUCAGAUUGAUGCACUGGAAGAAGUGUUCUGGUCGACAAUUGAUUGAGAAUUAUUGUGUGAAAUUAAUUCAGAAAGUUGAAGAUCAAACUGUUGUAACUCGUGGUUGCCUUAGUGACCUGUUGCUGAAUACACAAUAUCGUUUAGAUAUGCCGCAACUUCGUCGUCAUGGUUACUGUGUGAAUUCACGUGACUAUCAACAAUAUUUACUUGGAAAAUUAAAGGGGCAGACAUUAGCUGAAACUGCCAUGGGGCUAUUCAGAGAUGCGAAUAUGAAUUUUAAACGCUUCUGCUAUUGUAACGAUUGGAAUGGAUGUAAUCAUGUAGGUGGUAUUAAAGUUCGAAUGGCUUUAAUCCUGUCCAUGACAGGAUUGACAAUGAUAUUGUGCACUAAAUUGUAGACUAACAUUCCAGUUAUUUUGCAAGCAUGAUUUUUAAUUUCAAAUGCUGUUUUUUGUCUUCAUUCGCAUACUACAUCUUCUGUUUAAUAGUAGGCAGAUUUUGUCUGCUCAAAAAUCGUGUGGUUUGAUAUCAACUGCAUAGAAUAGUUCUGAAAAAUGUACAUUUUCACAAGGAUUUUAUUCAUGAUCUUAUUAUCUUAAUAAUAUCUAACACUUCUUUCAAUGAAUGUGAUAUCAGUUUUGAUUUCUUGCCCAUUGGAUGUGAGGUACUACUUAUUAUGUAAAUAAUAAUUUUCUACAGUAAAAAACUAUAGUGUGUUUUGUGAUCUUUCA